GCAGCAGAGAGCCUGACACUUUACUACAGGCAAGGACUGAUGAGAGGGAAGAGACAGUGACAGAGAAUACUAGAGAGCUCUAAGUGUGACAGCUUCCAAGUGGGCACUGUCACAUCCAGCCUGGACUGUCCCCCCAGCUUAUGGCUGACUACUACUGAGCUCCAAGAGGCUAUCCAGAGCACAGCCUGUCCUACUGACUGAUAACCAUUGCAGGAAACAGCAGCAACGAUGGUAGACACAGAGAUACCAUUUUGGGGGAUGAAUUUUGGCAUGAACACUGUAGACCUCUCUGGUUAUGAGAACCAUUCCCAUGACUUUGACAUUAAGCCAUUUGCAACCGUGGACUAUACAAGUAUUUCUACUGCCCACUAUGAAGACAUUGUAGAAGAUAAGAACUUCCUGUGCCGAAAUGACCAGAUGGACGCUGAUUAUAAGUAUGACCUGAAACUACAAGACUGCCAAAACACAAUAAAAUUGGAGCCUCCUUCUCCGCCUUACUAUUCAGACAAGUCACAGUCAUAUAACAAAUCUCAGGACGAGGCCUCUAACUCCUUCAUUGCCAUAGAAUGCCGCGUGUGUGGUGACAAGGCCUCAGGCUUCCACUAUGGGGUCCAUGCAUGUGAAGGCUGUAAGGGAUUCUUUAGAAGAACAAUUCGAUUAAAGUUAAUUUAUGAACGAUGUGAGCUCAACUGUCGUAUCCACAAGAAAAGUCGGAACAAAUGUCAGUACUGCAGGUUCCAGAAGUGUCUGUCUGUUGGGAUGUCUCAUAAUGCCAUCAGGUUUGGACGGAUGCCUCAGGCGGAGAAGGAGAAGCUUUUGGCUGAGAUUUCCAGUGACAUCGACCAGCUGAAUCCAGAAUGCGCUGAUCAACGAGUCCUGGCAAAGCACUUGUAUGACUCAUAUCUCAAGUCCUUCCCUUUAACAAAAGCUAAGGCCAGAGCCAUAUUGACCGGAAGGACAACAGACAAAUCACCUGUGGUGAUCUAUGAUAUGAACUCACUGAUGAUGGGAGAGGAUCAAAUCAAAUACCAUUAUUUAAAUCCUUAUCUGGAGCAAAAUAAGGAAGUUGCUAUUCGCAUUUUCCAAAGAUGUCAAUCUCGAUCAGUGGAAUCUGUACGGGAAAUCACUGAAUUUGCCAAAAACAUCCCAGGAUUUGUCAGUCUUGACCUAAAUGACCAAGUAACUCUCCUAAAGUACGGGGUCCAUGAGAUCAUAUUUACAAUGCUGGCCUCCCUCAUGAAUAAAGAUGGUGUUCUCAUCGCUGAUGGACAAGGUUUUAUGACCCGAGAAUUUCUCAAGAGCUUGAGGAAACCAUUUGGUGAAUUUAUGGAGCCCAAGUUUGAAUUUGCCAUAAGAUUUAAUGCUCUAGAAUUGGAUGACAGUGACCUUGCCAUCUUCAUAGCUGUCAUCAUUCUUAGUGGAGAUCGCCCUGGUUUAUUGCAUGUGAAGCCCAUAGAAGAUAUUCAGGACACUUUGCUACAGGCCCUUGAACUGCAACUCAAGUUAAAUCACCCGGACUCCUCUCAACUCUUUGCUAAACUGCUCCAAAAGAUGACGGACCUUAGACAAGUUGUAACAGAGCAUGUCCAGUAUUUGCAACUUGUAAGAAAAACAGAGGCAGAAAUGAACCUCCAUCCUCUCCUGCAAGAGAUUUAUAAGGAUUUAUAUUGAGAUUCUGUGCACAGUCAAAAUUGAUGUACAAGAACUUGUCUUUCUUCAAGUAUAACUGCAAGAGAUUGGCAAGGACUUGUACUGAGUCUCCACACAAGUCUGCAAGAGGUUGAAAAUGAUAUAUGCAUAAACUUUACCCACAUUAUUACUAUAUAGUCAACCACAACUAAAAAGACUUGUGUGGAAUCUCAUCUCUAAGAGAUCUUCAUGGACUUGUUCUGAAUGUCCAAUCACGUGUGCCACUGAUUCACACCAACUCUGCCAACUACAAGUAUUUUGUGAACUUUUGUCAUCUGUAAUAGAUGUAUCAUGACCUGUAUUGAACCUCCACCACUCCUGCAUGAGAUAUACAGGGACUUGUUCUGAACUAACCUUUUCUAAUUAUGUAUUUUUACAAUUUGCACUAUUUUUACGAGGGAAACAGUAGCAGCAGAUACAUUACUGUGAUAAAGCCUUAAAAGACGUAAAGUUUUCAUAUAACUGGUCUAUUUUAUGCAACUGGUUUAUAAAGCACAUGUACAAUUACUUUUAAUAUUAAAAUAUUUUAUGAAAA